CCGAGGCCCAGGACUGGGCGAGAGGGGGAGGCACAUAAACACGCUCUGCUGCGGAGGACUUUCUGCUGCGCAGACAUCAGGCCGCACACCCGCGCCGCGCCACAGGUGAGAGGGAGGCCGUGAGCUUUCUGCGCGCGAGCCGUCUGAUGAGGAAGCUCUGCCCGAACCUGGAGCGCGAUGACGCGCUGGACACGGUGCUGGAGGUGCCGAUCCCGGAGGAGAUGUUCUCCGGCGGGGGCGGCGGCGGUUCGCGGGGGUCCAGGUUCGGCUGCACCAACGUCAAGGCGUGGAUGCGGCCGCACGCCGCCGACCGGUCCGGCGCGGGCGAGCCCUGCUCCAUGAGCCGCGGGGAGCUGCAGCUCAUGCUCGGCGUCAUCGGCGCGCCGCUCAUCCCGCUGCCCGUCCACCACGCCAAGCAGUCGCCCUCCUCCGUCCUCUGCGAGCAGCUCAAGGCCGAUCCCAUUGAGUCGUCGUCGGCGAAGUACAUCGUGCAGCAGUACAUCGCGGCGUCGGGCGGGGAAUGGGCGCUGAACAAGGUGACGAGCAUGUACGCGAUGGGCAAGGUGCGGAUGACCGCCGCCGAGCUCAACAGCAGAGACGGCGACGGCGGCGGCGGCGGCGGAGGCGGAGGUACCGGCAACGGGCACCGCGGCGGGAAGAAGGGCGGCAAGGGCGGCGGCGGCGGCGAGGUCGGCGGGUUCGUGCUGUGGCAGAAGAAGCCGGAGCUCUGGUGCCUGGAGCUCGUGGUGUCCGGCUGCAAGAUCAGCGCCGGCAGCGACGGCAAAGUCGCGUGGCGGCAGACGCCGUGGCACCAGUCGCACGCCUCCCGCGGCCCCCCGCGCCCGCUCCGCCGGUCCCUCCAGGGGCUGGACCCGCAGCUGACGGCGAGCCUGUUCGCGGACUCGGUGUGCGUCGGCGAGCGGAGCGUCGACGGCGAGGACUGCUUCGUGCUCAAGGUGGAGGCGGAGGCGUCCAGCCUGCGCGCGCGCAACAGCGGCAGCGUCGAGAUCAUCCGCCACACCGUGUGGGGCUACUUCAGCCAGCGGACCGGCCUGCUGGUGCAGCUCGAGGACUCGCACCUGCUGCAGAUCAAGUCCGCCGGCGGCGCCGGCGGGAGCGUCUUCUGGGAGACCACCAUGGAGUCGCGCCUCCACGACUACCGCGCCGUCGACGGCGUCAACAUCGCCCACGCCGGCCGCACCGCCGUCUCGCUCGUCCGGUUUGGGGACUGCCAGGACGGCAACACCAGGACGCGCAUGGAGGAGGCGUGGAACAUCGAGGAGGUGGACUUCAAUAUCUGGGGCCUGUCCAUGGACUGCUUCCUGCCGCCCAGCGACCUCAGGGAGGGCAAGGAGGGCCAGGACGUGGCCAUCGUCAAGGCCGACGCGCGGCCGCCGCCGUUAAGGAUACCGGCGGUGACCGUGCGCGUCGGGCCGUCGCAGGUGGCCGCCGUGAACAUGGACGACUCAGACUCGCUCAUCGCGAGGUCAUGACUGCUGCUCAUGACAUACGUACUUACAGUGUUGAGUGAAGAGCAGACACUUGUUACUAUAAGAUUAUACAUGUGGUAAGAUCUGUAAAUAUGUUGCAGGUUGAGAUUUUUUUUUUGUUCCCCUUCCAGGUGUGGAUUUGCCUCAGCUAGAGAUGAGGCCGGGAGUGAGUAGCUAGUAAUCCGCAAUAGAUAUUCUGAGUAGUAGCUGCGUUGUAAUGAGCUUAUCAUGCUCAGUCCCUGUAAAGCUGAAAGAACAUGCCAAUGCAGCCCUGUCACAACACUAGACUAUUAUUUGUCCUGCU